AUGAAUCAUGCGGCGUCUCUCUCGGUGGCCCUCGUCGAGAGUGAAAACCUAUAUCUCUCUCUCGACGGCUCAUGCCGACGAAGAAUCACUCCACCGAAUCGAAAGAUGGAACUCCAUAGAAGAGACAAUCAUAAUAAAUUCUCUGGAGAGAGAAUCGAUCUUCUGUCCAAACUCAAGGAUGGCUCAGGAGAGAAGAGCAAGGUUCGUCAAACAAAAAAGGAGGAGAAGAGCAAUACAUUGGUAGAUAAGGGUUGUGUUAGCAAGCUCUCAAGCAAAUGA